AAAAGCCAAACUAAAUCUGAAUUUAGUAUUAAGGUAAGUGAAAUUAUCUUAGUAACUAAGUCCAUUAAGGUAAGCUAAGAAAUCAACAAACAACCAAAUGAAAAUCAUAUUGUCAAGUACAGGUAGGUAGAAGUCCACAAAUACAUAUGAGAUCUUCAUUAUAGGCUCACAGAAAAGGAUGGCAAAGGUGUGGUUAAUCAGUCUUUUUGUAAUUUUCCCUUCUUAAGCCUCAGGGUGCAUAACAUUAUAAUAGCAUGUUCAAUAAGAUAUGGAGCAAAGAUAAUAGCUAAAAGCAAUGAGAAAGAUUUCCUUAAUGGAUUUCCAAAUAUGGGUAGAGAAAUAAUUCCUGCCCACCUGUAAGUAUUUUUAAGGGUUAUACCCAGACCAGAACAAAUAUAGCCAGAACAAAUCACAUGUUGAAAAGGUUUUGUUAGCAAUUCCAGGAAGGAAUAUUUAAUAUGUAAAUUUUGGAUCUUUGAGCUUGCCGAGUAGGCACCAUGAGCAAAGCUCACCGUCCUGAGUUGAAAAAAUUUACGGACAAGAAAUUACCAUUGAAAUUAAAUGGUGGCAGACGUGGCCAAGGAAUAUUGCGGGGCUUCGAUCCCUUUAUGAAUCUUGUGAUGGAUGAAUGUGUGGAGAUGGCAACUAGUGGGCAAGAGAACAAUAUUGGAAUGGUGGUAAUGCCAGGAAAUCGUAUCAUCCUGUUAGAAGCCUUGGAACGAGUAUAAACAAUGGGUGUGUUCACCGGCAGAAACCAACCGCUUUCACAUGUCCCCUCCAUAGCAUCUGUUUUACUACAAUAUAAAAAUCAGGUCGUGCAUUUUCAUAUUGAACUUUUAUGCAAAAUAAACUUUCUUAAUAGUC